AUGGCUUCCACGGCCACCAUUAAGUCUUUCCCCCUGCCGCCAGCCUUUACCGCGGCGGAUCUCUACUCCAUCGAUGAAGAUGGCAACGCGGCUGCAGUGAAUGCUGAGCGCGUAUCACGCAUGAACCGAACGACAAGGGCAGCGAGUCAAUCAGGAGCGCAUCCAGUAUAUCAGGGCAUGCAGAACGCAUCAAGAUCUCAGGAAUCAUUCCAGGCAUUGAAGCGGCCCCCGAAGUUGACGGGCACGUCGACGAGUAAAAACGGCAGCAACUAUACCCCUCCAGCAUCUCCUACAUCUCCCAGAUCGCCUACCUCUCCUAGAUCGCCCACGUCUCCUACUUCUCCUACUUCUCCCACUAGUUUUGCCCACGAAGGUAUCGAGGGCCCAAGGAGAAGGGCAGCUUCCACGGGAAACAGGAUGAAUUUGAAUACCCUUCAGACCAGCAGCUGGGUGCGCGAAAGCGUCUAUCAGUCGUCACCAAUCCGGACGGCGUUUAGGCCCGAUAGGCUCGACAGAGGCCCCAAUGAGCUCUUCAACCUCCUGCCCGGCGAAGUACUCGAUCUGGUCCUGCAAUCGCUGAAAGGAUCACAUCUGAAUUGGAACAGUGAGAGUUGUGCGACGUGUAUGAUGCGCGAUCUCUGCAGCGCCGCUCUUUGCAGUCGUAGAUUGUACAAACACGCCCGCGUAGCAUUAUAUGAAGAUAUCCAGCUCGUUGGCUCAGAUUCAGCCGCGCACAAGAAGAAGUUUAAGCAGAAUCAAGGCAAUCGCAUGAGCAUGCUGCGACGCACCUUGCGCACCAACCCGAAUAUCGCGUCCUUAGUACGCUCUUUAAAGGUGCCACAUCCAGAGCCGCCGUUGAAUUGGUCUGUCUCAAAGGGCAUGCUAUGGCUGGAGCAGUAUGAAGAUCAGGUAGCCACGUUGAUUAUGGCUUGUCCCAAGCUGGAGAGACUUUCGGGCCCUACACCAAAUUACGACCACUCGUUCAGAAAAAUAUUCCACGCGUUGUCAACGAGGAAGUGCUUGAAGGACAUGACUUGGGUUAUCGAUCCCGCGUCCACACCGGCGCAACAGCAAGGGGGGCAGCGGACGGACUCACCGUCCAAACGUGGACAAAGCGGCCCAUCGAUGCUAGAGCCAUCCCAAGGAGACGCCUUCCUCGAUAGCCAUCGCAACUGGUCCUCUUUAACCAGCCUGUCAAUACUCUGUCAGCCCGGUGCUACAUUGGCUCCCCAUAGACUCCUAUCAAGAACACUAACACAUCUCCCUUCGCUUCAGCAUCUCCACCUCUGCAACCUCCCACCAAACGCCUUCAACGACAACAACCUAUUAUCUUUACCUCCGCUCAAGUCACUGAUCCUCUCCCGCAUCGUGGGCAUCACCUCCAACGGCCUUACAUCUUUCGCCACUCGCAGCAAUACCUCACAUCUCCAGCGCCUCGAACUCCGCAACACGCCCUUAACAUCUCUUCCGGCUCUCGCCCGCAUCUUCUCCCAUCUCCCCGCCCUGAAGUACUUUUACCUCGCCCAAUCGUUCCCGCCCGUCAUGCCGGAAACCGACUCCUUCGCGCUCUGGAUGAUGCCCUACCUCGCCUCAUCCACCAUUGUGAAGCUCCACUGGGACAUCACCAGCCACCCCAACACCACCAACGAAGCAGACGACAUCCUCGCUCGAAGCAUCGAAGCCGGCGGCUUCCCAGCCCUCACCACCCUCCGAACGCCCAACGACCCCGAGGGCCGCUUCCAAGCCCUCUGCCGCCCCGUGGACCACAUCAUCCUCCCCAACGACCGCUUCCAGCGCCUCAACGCCAUGGGCGGCAUCCCCGCCUCCGGAUCCUUCAGCGCGCCCUCAUCGCCAAUCUCGCCCCUCCACAAAUCCUCCACGACAAUGUCUCUUCCGUUAACCAUCUACGCCACGCCUCUCCCAGGGACAGACCUCCAAACAGCCCGCCUCGCCGCCCAAUCACGUCUCGAAGCCGCCCACAACGCCCCUCGCUUCCGAUUCACCAUUGCCGCCGACGACGGCCUGGCCCAGACGCUUGGCACCGUUGGCUUCAUCGGCACGCUGGGCAGCAAGAUUUCGUAUCACCUCUUGCCGGAUGACGGGGCAGUAGAUGAACAAGGCGGGCUCGUGGACGUGGCUGACAUGGUGGGCGAUGGCGGGGAGGCUCUCGGUGGCAGUAGGGAAGGGUGCACAGGGCGAUGGAACCAGAAGGAAGGCGAGGUGGCUGAUAAGAAGGAGAAGGAGAAGUGGUGGCAUACUGAAAGGGGAAGAUGGCAGAGAAUUGAAGCCAUAUAA